AUGAGUAGAAAUUUCCAUCACUCGCCACCUCGCCCAUCUCGUUCUUACAAUGCUUCGACGCUCGAAAAAAGCGAAACUGUCUGAGGAACACGAGACGGCCGUGAUGGAUUCCUUGAUCCUGAAACUCUUCAGCUUGCUGAACAACUUUUUAAAGAAGAAUCCACAUGUGGGAUACAUUUUUCUGACUAUGAUAAUAUUCCAAUAGAAGUCAGUGAAGAAAUGCCAGUGCUUGAAGAAUUUACUGAUGUAGAAAUACAUGAAGUCCUUCAAAGAAACAUUUCCUUACUCCCCUCUUUUAAUUUUAAAAAAAUAUACUUAAAAUUUGUGACUAAACACGAUGCAUAUUUUUGGCCUACUUUUGUUUGAUUAAUUAUUUUUGGCUUGUCUAUUUGCCCUUUUUUUGGUGGAAUUUUUUUAUCUAUUUUUGGCCCAUUUUUUACCUAUUUUUGGGCUAUUUUUUUUAGUUAUUUGUUUUGGCCUGCUAUUUUUGUUUAGCCUAUCUAUAAAAAAUUUUAUACACAGGGGCAUUUUCUAGCUAGUUAGUAUUCUAUUUUCUUUCUUAAAGUAUUUUAUAAUGUAGAAGAAAUCGGAUACUGUUUUUAGUCGACGAGUGAUAACUCUUCCCUAGUGUAUAAAUAUUUUUGUAUUUUUUUUAUCUACCUUGACUUUAUUUAGUCGAAUUGCUUUUGGCAUGAUUCCAUAUUAACUAUUUCAAAUUAAUUUUCAAUCUAUUUUGGUAAUUUUUGGACAGCAGUUAUAUUUUAAGAUUUUAGCAUAAAAAAGGCUAAAAAAUAAGGCCAAAAAAAUAGCCCAAAAAAGAGGAAAAAAAAAACGCCAAAAAAUAGGAUAAAAAAAUAAAUAGGCUGGAAAUUUUACAGUUUCCUUCACAAAACGGCUAUUUUUUUGCUGGCCUUGGUAAUUUUUAAAUCAUAAAUUUUAUUAAUUUUUAUAUAUAAGUAGUUCUGGACUUAAUUUAAUGGAAGAAAUUCAAGUAGAAUAUUAUUUAAACAGUUUCCAUAUUGAAUUGAUUAAAUUUUUAUAUAUAUCUUACUCCCCCCCCCCUCCGUGAGCGAACAAAACCAUUAGAAAAAUCGCCAUUUUUUGACCAAAAACCCACCCUCCGUGAGUGAACAAAAAUUUUUUUAAUAGAAAAAAUUUUUUAAUGGAAAAAAAUUUUGAUAUAUAAGUGAUAAUUAGUAUAAUGAAAUCUAGAGCUAAUUCUGUUUAAUUUUAAACAAAUUGCGUUUUAAAACAUAAAUUUUGCAAAUUAAAUUAAUAUUUGCUUCCCAAUUUUUGCAAAUUAGGAUUUUUUUAAAUUUCGAAAAAAAUAUUUUUUAUAAAAUUUAUAUAUAAAUUUUUUUUAAAAAAAAAAAUUAACCCCCCUCCGUGAGCGAACAAAAUUUUUUUGUUCGCUCACGGAGGGGGGGGGGGAGUUAAUAAAAAAUUAAAAUCCAAAAAUAUUGCGUUCGAAUUUUUAUUUUUCUUAAAGUCUUUAAUAGAGAAAAAUUUUAAUAUGCUCUUUUAAAACAAAGAACGAAUUUUAUCUCCAAUUCAAAGAUGGGAGUUAAUGAAUUAUAAAAAACCCACCCCAGUACAAAGACAUGCGAUCCCUAUAUCAAUUUUAAGAAGAGACCUUAUGGCCUGCGCCCAAACAGGCUCUGGGAAAACUGCCGCUUUUCUGUUCCCUAUGUUCGCGAAAAUGCUUAAAGAUGGUCCACCUGAAAAAAUCAGACGAAGAGAAGCAUUUCCUAUAGGAUUAGUUUUGGAACCGACUAGAGAGCUGGCAGUCCAGACUCAAAGAGAAGCGCUUAAAUUUGCAUAUAAGACAGGGAUACGAUGUGUAGUUGUACAUGGAGGGAAAGAUUUUUAUAAUCAAGAAAAUGAAAUAAAUAGAGGGAUUGACAUUCUAAUAGCAACGCCUGGGAGACUUAUUGACUUUUUGGAGAGAGGCAUGAUUGACUUAGCUAUUGUUAGAUAUUUGAUUCUAGAUGAAGGAUUAAUAAAAUGGCAUUCGGUCCGAGAGAAAUUAGCUCCGCAAAUUUUCUCUCCCUCAUGGAAUUUUAUUUAUGGGGUUGGGUUUUCUUCUGAGAACUUCUGUACAGCAACAGCGGUUUAGCUCUGGCAUAUAAGCCGAGGCACUGCUCCAAGUACGCAGGGGGCUCAAGUUUUACCUCUCAGCAUACCUGAGGAAGGUGACCCUUAGGCGGAACACGAGCAGGAGGAGCUGAGUCAAGGAAAGCGAGGCAACGCAGCCCGUCAACGCCGAACGCUUUAUUUGUCCUGUGCCCUGGCGAAACAAAGUCGAUCGAUCCAGAGGUCCAUGGUCCCGACACGUGGAUAAAUCUGGUGGCUGCUCUCGAAACGGUUACCCCGUAGUGGACGUUAAACGAUAUAAAUAAUAUAAAAUAAGAUUCUAGAUGAAGGAGAUAGAAUGCUUGAUAUGGGAUUUGAGCCGCAAAUCAGAAGAAUUUUAAGGGCAAUGCAUGGGAAUGAUCAUGAGACAAUAAUGUGCUCAGCAACGUUUCCAGAAGAAAUGAAAGCAAUUGCAGCCACAUUUAUGAAAGAUUUCGUAUUUUUGGCUAUUGGGAGAGUAGGAUCGACUUCGGAAAAUAUUACACAAACUUUAUACCAUGUAGAAGAUCACCUUAAACUAGAAUUUUUAAUCAGAGUUUUACAAAAUUUCCAAGGAAUAACUCUAAUCUUUUUAGAGAAAAAAAGAAGUGUGGAUUGACUUUUCUACGAGCUAUCAAAACGAGGAUUCAUCUGUGCAAGCAUUCAUGGUGACAAAAGCCAGGGCCAGCGUGAAAAAGCUCUGGAUGACUUUAAGCGUAAAAGAGUCAAAAUUUUAGUAGCAACAGAUGUAGCGUCACGAGGAUUAGAUAUCCCUGAUAUAGAUAACGUUAUAAAUUUUGACACACCGAAUUAUAUUGAUCAUUAUGUACACAGAAUAGGCAGAACAGGAAGAAUUGGAAAGAGCGGCAAGGCAUUUUCUUUUAUAAAUAGCAGAAAUCAAUCAAUAUUUAGAGAUCUUAUGAGCUUGUUGAGAGAAAGCAAUCAAGAAAUUCCCGAGUGGUUUGAAGACCUAGCAGCGGGAAGAAUGACGCAAGAUUAUAGCGAAAUGUUGCCGUUUAUAGAAGGGGGAACAAAUUUUUAUUCACAAGGCUUGAACCCAAGCAGCUAUGAUAUGCCGAGAGAGAGCAGAAGAGGGAGAGGAAGAGGUUAUAGAGGGGGUUAUGAUCGAUAUUAUCAAGGAGAAAGAAGAAAAUAUGGGUCCCCUCAAAGAACUUAUAAUAGAGGCUUUUAUGAUCAAUAUAAUGAAGAGCCAAAAAAUUAUUAUGAGAAUGAGUAUUCUCCUCACUCACGGAGGGGGGUUAGUUUUUUUUUUUAAAAAAAUUUAUAUAUAAGCUUUAUAAAAAAUUUUUUUUCGAAAUUUAAAAAAAUCCUAAUUCGCAAAAAUUGGAAAGCAAAUAUUCAUUUUAUUUAUAAAAUUUAUGUUUUAAAAAGCAAUUCGUUUAAAAUUAAACAGAGUUAGCCCUAGAUUUCAUUAUGCUAAUUAUCAUUUAUAUAUCAAAAAUUUUUCCAUAAAAAAUUUUUCUAUUAAAAAAAAUUUUUGUUCACUCACUGAGGGUGGGUUUUUGGGCAAAAAAUAGGGAUUUUUCUAAUGGUUUUGUUCACUCAUGGAGGGGGGGAGUCAGAGAAAUUAUGAUAGAUAUGAAAGAAACGAUGAAAUUUCAAGAGGAAGAGGAAGAGAAAGAGGUAGAGGCAGAGGCUACAAUAGGCAAUAUCAAGAAGAGAGAAGAAGCUCCCCUAACCAGUCUCUUAGUUAUCAAGCAUAAUUAUUUGUAAAAUCAUUUUUAAGAAAAAUUAAACGCUUUUAAUAUGCAAAAUUAUUUUAAUAUCAUGCUUAUUUGUAUAUAAAUUUAUUAGUUAUAAUAAAAGACCUCCAGGUAAUUAUUUUAAAUUUAGAGCUAUAUAAAUUAAAAUUGCAUUGCUUUUUUUCAAAUAUGAAUUGGAUUUUGUAAAACCGAAUAAAAAUCUUUUAAUAGAAAUUUAAAAAAUUAAAAAUAACUAACUUAUACUGAACAUAAAAUCGCACUCAUUAUGCAAGGAAGUAAUAGAAAUUAUAAUACAGGAUACUAUGAUCGUCCUGAAGAAGAAAGAAACUUUUAUGAGAACGAUUAUUCUUCUCAGAGAGACUACGGCAGAUAUGACAACACAAGAAGCGACGAAAUGUGGCAGGGGAGAGGGAGAGGAACCUAUCGAGGAAGCUAUGAUAGGCAAUUUAUGGACGAGAGAAGAAACUAUGAAUCUUCUCGGAGAAAUUAUAACAGAGAAUAUCAGGAUGAAAUUCCUGAAGAGCCUAGAAGGUAUUAUGGAAGUCCUCAUCAGAGAAAUUAUGAAAGAUAUGAGUCACCUAGAAGGCAAGCUCCAGCUCAAAGGAAUUACCAAGAAAGAAGAUAUGAAGGAAGCAAAUAUGAGAACCAAAAACCAUAUACACUGAAACAGCCAGCUGGGGAUACUGCAGAUUAUAAAGAAACAUCAGGUCAAGGAUUUGAAUGUGAAGAAAGGACGAAAAACGUUCAGAAGGCAGAAGAGACAGCGCUUCCAGGAGAUGGCCCUGAUCCAUGGAGUAGCUAUCGGUAA